GCGCUGGCGGCUCAGGGGGAGGGACAGCGGGAGCCCAAUGCUGGGCAGGUGGGUGGGGAGGCGCUUCCACAAGCAGCGACCGGCACCACAGCAAGGCAAACUACUGCGGCUGAGGCCAAGGGGUUGGGGAUGACAGCCGCACCCGCCACCACCGCCACUGCAGCACCAGUGCCAGGAACAGCUGUGGCAUCGGCACUAGUUGCGGCGGCCGCUGCGGCAGCGUCACCAAGUGUAGCCCGGCAGCAAAGUAGCUUGCAGCUGGCGGUGGCAGAGGGUUCGCAGCAAGGGCUGGCGCGGCCACAUCAGCAAGAGCAGCGGGGAGUGCGGCAUGCAGCGGAGCCCGGUGGCACAGCAGGCGCAGCAGCUGCUCUAGCCGCCAGUGAUCGGGCGAUGGCGGCGCAGGGGGAUGAACAUGAGGAGCUGGUUGCUGGACAGCUGGAUCAGGAGGCGGCGGUUGGGGGUGUACCUGAGGCGGCCGGCGGGGACCAGCAGGCGCAGGAGGGGCAGGAGGAGGUGGCGGCAAAGCGGCGCCAGGAGGUGCGGAGGCAGCCCGAGCGGAGGGGUCGGCGGCCCAAGCGCUACCGCUGGGAGGGCUUUACUGCUGGCGUGUCAUCGAGCGACGGCACGCCAGACGACGAGGAGGAUGUCAACUGGAGCCCCGACGACGGGAGGUGAUUACGCCGGCUCUAAUGAUGAGUCGUAACGUGGCUGCGACUUCCUGCGUAAUGGAGUGCAUGGGCA